GUACCAAUUAUUAGAAUAUUUUAUAUAUGGAAAUUAUUUUCUAAUUAAGGAAAUGAUUUUCUAUUUAAGGAAAUAAAUAAAUAAUUGAUUUUCUGAUAAAUGAAUAUUUUAUAUUCAUUGAAUCUGAACAAAAUCAAUUAUGUAAUAUUCUAUAUAUGGUCAGAUUUCUAUAUUCAUUACCUGAUUUGAUUUCCUGAAUUAAUUGUCAAAAUAUUCUGACAAUUAAUGUGGCGCAGAUACUGAUGGAGUAUCUCACCUAUAAAUAUAGGGUCUCGGUCCCCGAGCUCCUCACUCAUUCUGAAUCCAUUCAGCAAAUUCCAUCUAAAGAGAGUUGAGAGAGCGAGGAAGCCCGAACUCCAAUACUGAAGCUAUCGCAGGGAUUGAAGCUCAAAGAUCAAUGGCUGGAGCUAUUUCAUCCACCUCUAAAUAUGCUGAAAUCACUAGUGAAAUCCCUGAGCUUAGGAGUGACAACUUCAAAAUCUGGAAGGAACGAGUUCUUCUCCACCUAGCUUGCACUGACAUGGAUUAUGCAAUAAGGAAAGAUGAACCAGCUGCUAUCACUGAUACUAGCACUGCUGCUGAGAUUGCACUGCGUGAAAAGUGGGAGCAAUCUAAUCGUCUCUGCAUCAUGUUCAUUAUGUCCAGAAUUCCUAUGGGAAUGCGUGGAUCGGUGGAGCCACCUGAGAAGGUGAAAGACUUUAUCAAAGUUAUGGAUGAGCAGUUUGACACUUCAGAUAAAUCCUUGUUCAUCAACCUCAUCCAAGAGUUCUCGUCCACAAAACUCACCGGUGUUAAAGGAGUUCGAGAACACAUUUCUAAAAUGAGGGACAUCACUGCUCAUUUGAAGAAACUCGACGUUAUCAUUCCUGAUACCUUCCUGGUUCAUUACAUCCUUCACAAUCUUCCUCCACAGUUAUGGGCCUUUCAAAAUUUCCUACAACACACAUAAAGAAAAAUGGACUAUCAAUGAAUUGAUGACCAUGUGUGUUCAAGAGGAAGCCAGGCUCCUACAGGAGCAAGGAGAAAGUGUUCACCUGACCACUCAACCUAAGAAACGCAAGCCAUUCAAGAAGAACAAAGGGAAAAAGCCCAUGGCUCCCAAGGCUGCCAUAAAGAAAGAUUCCAUCAAAUGUUUCUUUUGUAAACAAAAGGGACAUGCGAAAAGGGAGUGCAGCCAGUUCAAGAAAUGGAUGGAUGACAAAGGUAAUCCAAUUUCCUUAGUAUGUUAUGAAUCUAAUAUGGCUAAUGUUAAUCUUAA